UAGGAACUUCUGAGGCACGUCGCCGCUCUGUAUCCUUAGCUCGUCCUACUACGAAGGUAUAAACUUACGCCAGCUAAAGCAAUGGAGGGAAACCGUGUCAAAAUGCCUGUAUGGCAUUAGAAGAGAAAUAAGAUGCCUGGCUUAUCGUCACGCCCCGGUGGUCUGGUAGUCAUCGGGAUUCUCACUCUGUCCUUUGUUCACAUCAACUCGGAGAUAUGGAGCAAUGAAGUUGCAGACGUCCAGUUUGGCCAUCUGGGCUCCAGUAUCACACUGGCCUGUGGAGCAGCAUCCCAUGGGUCUCCGGUGCAGUGGUGGCACAACGGGAGCUCGGUGCAGCCAUGGAGGACCUCCGGGGAGGCGCUCACUCUCCUCAACACCACACGCUCCAUGGAGGGCAACUACAGCUGCCAUGAGCAGAGCGGGGCCCUCCUCCAGACUGUCCGCCUGCGUCUGGGCUAUCCCCCAGGUCAUCUCAGGGUGUCCUGCCAAGUGCCAAGUCACUCCAGAAUCAUUUGUUCAUGGAUGCAGAUAGUAGCAACACACUUACCCACUGAGUACAUCUCCUCUUACAGGGUGGACAAUGGAUGGCCGGAGUCCUGUAAGCAGGAGCUUGCUGGGGUUAACGAGUGCACCAUCAGCAACCCGCAGUUCUGGGGGAACAGGCAUAUAGUGAACAUCACGGAGGUCAACCCCUUGGGCUCCAUGUCCACCUUCACCAAGGUGGACGUCCUGAAGAACUUAAAACCGGAUGUUCCUGAAGCAUUGAGCACUUUGGAAGUGGAGGGGCAGCCUACUCAACUGCUCGUGCAGUGGAAAGCUCCAGUAUCCUGGUCCGAUGACAUUGCUUUCCCCCUGAAGUUUGAGCUGCAGUACAGGCCAGUGGGGUCCAACCUCUGGUCCAAGCUGGAGACGGAGGACACCAGCGUAACCAUCAUGGAUGCCAUGGUAGGCCAGCUGCAUCAUAUCCAAGUGCGAGCCCAGGAUGCCUUCAUCAACCACAGCCAGUGGAGCGAAUGGAGUCACAUGGUGCAGGGCCGGCCCUGGAGCAACCCUUACACAAGUACAGAAGAGACAACAGCAGAAUCUUUUGACGAGUCAGUUUUCCCUACCACGUUUCCGGUGAAGGCAACGAAUAAAUCUCCAGAAAUGUCACCUGAAAAUGAAAGCCUGAGCUUGUUGCUCAUAAUAAGCCUGUUCGCAGCAGCGAUGGUGGCUGUGGUGUCCACCAUCACUCUUCUUCUGUGGGUAAGAAACCGGAAACAGCAUAAUGUGACAAAACAGGAACUAACCUCCAUGGUGAAGAUGAAGUCCUUGCCAAUCUAAAGUUGGCCCUCACUUUUUCAGCCCUUAUAGGGUUUCAUCAUAGGGAAUCAUCACCACUGCCAUUGCAGCACUGUCAGUCUAGAAUAUUCACAAUUCUGUCUUUCUCCUAUCGCUGCUGAUGGGAUUGACUUCUUUCAGUGGAGCUCUGAGUCCCAUGAACUGUGAACCUUUACAACUCUGCAAUGUAGCACAACAUAACAGAAAACACAAAGGGUUAUUGGCUUUCUGUCUUUGUCAUGCAAAGCCAACUUGGCCAGCUUUGGACAAUGAGAAUCAGUUGGUAUUUUAAACUAAACAUUUUCAGUUUUCUGCUGCAUCAGCUUCUCCAAUAGCUGUACCAUUUGGCUGUGGUGACACUUGGAAUGCUGUGAAAACAAAGGGGGGAAAAAGCAUGGCUGUUAACCAGUGGUGGGCCAAGUAACGGGCAUUAUGGAUAAAGUUGGCAUUCUCAACUUCCAGAAUCUGAACACAGCUGCUAAACACGGACAAGAGAAAUUUUGCAGCCAUCUGGACACUUGACUGAAGGAAGCUGAGCAUUUUCAGAGGCUCUUCUGUACAUGUUGAGACGAAGGUUGAUUCAUCACUUCAUUUAUUUGAACCUUUGAAGAGUUUUAUACACUUAAAGCCUCAGAUAUACAUUUCAAUUUAUGGCAUUUAGCUGACACUUUUAUCCAAAGCGACUUUCAAUUAUGACUGAAUACAACCUGAGCAAUUGAAAGUUACAGUCCUUGCUCAGGGGCCCAGUGGUAGCUUGACAGCCUCAGAUCAGGUGGACCUAUCUGUGAUUGCUGGACUUGUUCUAAAUCAAGAGUUGGCUUUAAUGCAUACUGUCAGCAGUAAUUGUCCAUAAAUGUUUUAUUUUUUUUAAUUCUCUCAUUUCAGUGUAUUUAACAGUAAUCAUCCUACAUAUGUCAUUGACAGCAAGAUGGCAUUCUACAGACCAAGAGAAAUAAUAGUUUAUCUCUGAAGAAAUAGAAAUGUCGUGCAAAGAGGGAAUAUAAGCAGUCAUGGAACAUUGAGAUAGAAAGUGAAUGUAAAAGUUGAAGCCCCACUCAGGACUUAACACAGCCAUAACCGGACUAACACCGAGUUUACAGACACAGAGCAUGUUAAGCAUACUCUUGAUUGUACAAUUUAGUGGGUCGCCAGAGACUAUACUGUACAUGUUAGUAGGUCCAUGGGUCAGACUGCACACUGUAUUAUUUUUACCAUUGAUCAUGUUCUAGUCUCACAGGCAGAGUUGCGUGGUCAGCCAAUCAGACACCCUUGAGCAGAGACUCUAAAUAUGUGUGAUCUAAGCAAUCAGACAGAGGCUUGUUGCAUUUCCUCUAUCCCAGACAAAUUCCUAGAAUUCAACAGGAAUUUGCUGUGAUGUGCUAGACUGUCAUUAUGGUAAACACCUCUAGGACAUAAAACAGUAUGUGUGUUGGGGGGGGG